AUGGCGGCGGCGCCACUGCUGGUGGGGCUCAAGCCUGCGCCCGGCGCCGGCGAGAAGGCGAACCUCAAGCUCCAGGCAUACUUCCAGUCGAGAAAGCGGUCGGGGGGCGGCGAGUGCAACGUGCGCCCGGGCCCCAAGCCCAACACCUACUGGGUGCACUUCUUUAAGGAGCAAGAUAGGAAGAGUGUGGAAUCCCGCACAAAACACACCUUGGAAUUGGGUGCAAAAUGUCUGGAGAUAGUCAUCCUGCCUGGAGAAGGGGACCCGGGCAAGAGCCAGUUUACAGCGGAGGCCUCUGUCAACUACAGCGUCGCUGCCAGCCCUUCCCUGCCCCAGCGGGAACAGCGGGACAAUGGUGGCUUUGGGGCCACAAUAAAGGAAGACCUUACCAAAAAGAUAUUUCUUACAGUAUCUGCUACUUUGAAUACCAAUAUGUUCACUGAAGACCAAAGGGAGAAAAUUGCCAUUAUAUGUCCAAACUUAAAGAGAGAAGGAAACCCUGCCAUGGAUGGCUCUGAGAAAUUGACAGGAGAUUUUACAGAUAUUGAAAAAGCUUAUCACUACUUUGAGGAUAUCCUUGCAGGCAAAGAUCCAAACCAUGAUUUUUCACAUUCUGAAUGUAAGAGUGGUUUGAAAGAUGAGAUUGGCCUGAAUACUGAAGAAGGUAAGAACGUUGAGGAUAUCCUUGCAGGCAAAGACCCAAACCAUAAUUUUUCACAUUCUAAAUGUAAGAAUGGUUUGGAAGAUAAGAUUGGCCUGGAUACUGAAGAAAUGGAUGAGUUUAUGGUUGGGACAGCUCUCUAUGAGUAUUUUAGUUAUACCUGCAAAGAAGAAAUCAAAGAGCUACACAAAAGCUUUGGAGUGUGCAUAACAACUAAAGAUCAUGAUGAGAAUAGCACAUUAAUACACAUAUCUUCUGAUAAAAGUCCUGCAUUAUUACAAGCAGCUAGAGAGUUUUUUAUCAACAUUUUUCAGGGAGCUACAAAAGAUCUGACAGAGGAAAAAGUUCCCAUAACAAACAGUUACACAUUAAAAGAGACAAUAAUGAAAUUAAAUAAAAGGUUUAGAAAUCUUCUUGCUAAAGAGGAAGGGAAUCACUUGCUACUCCGUGGUCCAGGGAGUGAGAUUUUAGCUGCCAAAAAAUUUCUAGCAGAGGAAGAUGAGAACUGCCAAGCUGAUAUGAAAAUAUCAUCUGAAUGCUACAAAUACAGGAAUGGAAUUGAAGUUGAUGCUUCUAUGUUUAAAUUGUUGGAAACCAUAUUAACCAAAGAAAUUGAAAACAUAAAUGACAAAUUUGAUACAGUGGUAGAAAUAAAAGAGAAUUCAUAUGGCCAGAAGGUCAUAAUAUUUAGGCCUAAACCCAAAACUUCUGAUAUGUCGUCACAUGCUACUGAAAGUUUCAUCAGUGCAUUUCAGAGUGCCUCUGCAAUGUUAAGAGAAAAAAGCAUGAAGCUUUCAGAAGAUCAGAAGAAAACUUUAAAUAAACUACUUAAUGCUAAGAAAUUUGAAGAUUUUAAUGUACAACUUAAGAAGAAUGAAGAUAAGUUAAUCAUAAGAGGCUUACCAGACAGUCUUUAUGCUGCUGAAAAGUACAUGAAGACUUUUAACAUUGAAGACUCAACACAAACUAAAAAUAGGGCACCACUGUCCUCUGACCUCAGCUUUCAAGAAGCUGCAGGAGCAUCUAAGAAGUCCACUGUUAGGCAAAAGAACAGUCUUUCUAGUGGAGGACAGACUCAGGCAAAGACAGAAGAAAAGGAAGAAGAUGAAUGUCCUAUUUGCAGGGACAGAAUUGAAAAUAAACAAAUACUAGAAAAGUGCAAACAUGCAUUUUGCAAAAUUUGCAUUGAGAAAGCCAUGACUUACAAACAAGUUUGUCCUGUUUGUAAUACCGUCUGUGGAGUCCUGAUAGGAAACCAACCAGAGGGAACAAUGUCAACUAAAACAAUCAGUUUCUCUCUUCCUGGUUAUCCCAAUUGUGACACUAUUCAAAUUGACUAUGCUAUGAAGGGUGGUAUUCAAACUAGCAGCCAUCCAAACCCAGGACAGCGUUACGGGCCAGUUCACCGAACAGCGUAUUUACCUAACAAUGAGGAGGGGCGAGAAAUUCUGCUGCUCCUCAGUAGGGCCUUUAACCAAAAAUUGAUUUUCACAGUGGGGCAGUCACGUACUACUGGUGAACAAAGUGCUAUCACAUGGAAUGAUAUUCACCACAAAACUGCCAUGAAGGGAGGACCUGCCCAGUUUGGUUACCCGGAUCCUACUUAUCUGCAGCGUGUUCGAUCAGAAUUGAAAGCAAAAGGAAUUGAAUAAGGAAAUCUAUCCAUUCUCAACUCUUAAGUCUAAUAACUGAACAUAAAGCAGUUAAUGUACUAUUCAAGCUCUGAGAGAAGUUAAUUUGUUUAACUGCCAGACUUAAAUCACUUAUACUUCUACAGCUAAGAAAAGUAAUCUUUUCUCAUCAAAGAAUGUAUGUUCUUUUCACAAGUCAUUUACUUCCCUAUAUAUGUAGCCUUUACAGAAUUUGGUUCUUGUGAGUGUAGUAUCAGUACUGUUUGCACUUUGUAUAUCUUGCUUUACCAGUAAACCUGAUCUGCACUUUUCCCCACACCUCUUCAGUUUGAUUUCCAAAACCCUUAGAACUACUACUGGCUUUUAUUAGAUGAAACACUUCUCUUAGCUUUGCAUUAUGAUGUCUGUCAGCAUAGCUAGCAUCAAGUAACCCAUCUAAUUAAAAAAUUGUAUGCAGCUAUGACAGUGUUAGCUGUGACAAGGCUAUAGACUUUUGCUUCUUUUCAUGGUAGAAAUGGCCUUAGUGAUUUGAGUUUUGCACAUGAAAUUAGCCUUGGAUCACGUACAAGAGAGUGCAUGGAUACUACUGUAUUUUCAGCUCUGCAGAAGUGCUGAGUGCUGAGAGCUGCAUUGGAGCAAACAGGAAGUAACAGUGUCUGUGGUCAUAUCUGAUAGUGGGUUCCUGGUUCUGUGCCUGCAACUGUGCUUAAACUCAAAUUCAACUUUUAAAUCAGUUCUUCAACUAUAAAACUGUAUUCUUUCAAUUGCAUCCAAUAUAGGUUUAAAUUGUAUCAUUAAGCUACUCUGCAGUGCCUAAAUAACCUGCUAAUUACCUGUGGUGGUGGUGUGUCACACACACAGACAUAAUUUUUAGUGAGUUGAACCAUUUCUCUAAGGCUAUUGAGCAUUAAUAGAGAAAAUACAAAAAUA